CUAUUAUAUUAUGUUUAUUUGGAAAAUCUUUCUCUUUAUCAGGAUCUGUUUAGUGAUUCACAGGUUACAGACCUUUUUUAGGAAAACCAUUUUGUUAAAUCUACAAUCUACAAAGACUAAAGUUGUUUUAUUUGUUGAAUUUUUGACCAUGAAUCCACAACGAGAAUCUGUUUCAUCGGAUGACUUACGAAAGGAAACUGAUUUUAACUUAGUGAAAAGGGUGCGUUCGAAAAUAAGGACAAGACUGUAUCAAUAUCUGCGAUGUGGUGUAAAAACUAUCACGUUUCUGUUCUGGGCAGCUUUAUACAUGGUUGUGGUGAAAAUAACGCUGUUCAAAAGCGAUUCAAACACACCGGUUGUGAAGGACUGGUCGAUGGUACCUGACAAUUACACUAAGUGGCUGCUACAGGGCCCAGUUUUAGGCGACGAUACGCCUGAUUUACCUAUAAAUUUUGUAAGUGAUUUCGAGCCUGACAAUGAGACGACGGCGGAGCUCCAAGCAAGAGCGACCAGAGUACUCGAUACUUGUCGCAAAUGGCAUAUCCCGAGGCAGUCAAUUAAUAGCAAGGAGUUCUUUUUGGACCACACCCAUAAGCUCGUGUGGUGCAACAUUUUUAAGGCCGCCAGCUCUUCUUGGCUAUAUAACUUCAACGUAUUAGGUGGUUAUGAUAAAAUGUUUUUAUCGCGUACGAGGCAAGCACCUUUAAUGCUCGCGCGCAAGAAGUUUCCGCGGCCGACUGAGGAAGAAUUAAAAAAUGCCGUCAAAAUGCCCGGAGUCACUUCUCUACUCGUCGUGAGAGAGCCAUUCGUGCGGCUGCUCUCCGCCUACAGAGACAAGUUGGAGAAAGUCACACCUUACUACAGAAAAAUGGCUAAAACCAUAGUAGCUGAAAACAGAGAAGAGGCCACAAAAGUGUUCGGUCCAAUCACAAGUUUUGGCCCCACGUUCUACGAGUUUGUCGCCUAUUUAAUCAAGAAACAUAAACGCAAUGAAAAUUUUAAUUAUGACGAACACUGGGCACCAUACUAUCAAUUUUGUUCGCCGUGCGCAGUGAAUUUCAGUCUAAUAGCAAAGGUAGAAACGUUGCCAAGAGAUUCCACUUAUGUCAUCAAACAAUUACGACUCGACCAUUUGCUAGACGGUAAAAUCAGCAAUCGCAGAAUGCGAAUCCGGACCGUCAUGAACAAAUCCCGGGACGGCCGAAACACCACCGCCUUAUUGAAACAUUACUUUAGUCAACUCAAUGACCAAAUGUUGAAUGACUUGUUACAAAUUUAUGGUAUUGAUUUUGAAAUGUUUGGAUAUGAUUCUAAAGUUUACAGACGUUAUUUAAGAAAUUAAAGAUUUUAUCGAUGUA